UACCUAGAGGCUGUCAUGUCAAAAUUUCACGUCAAACCAAAUCAAAAUCAACAAAUGUGUGGUAUUAAUUAAAUUCAAGUUUUUAACAAUUUUCGCUUUUUGUAAUACAAAUUAUGAGUUGAUCCUUUUCCGGAAAAUCAAGAAAUAGUUCAAAAUGGCUUUAGACUUAGUCAGUAUAGCUCAGCCCCAUUAUAUACCAGGAUACACAGGCCACUGCCCCGAAUACAAGUACCGAAUAGGCGACACCUAUGGAUCCACCACUCACAAGAUCCUGUUGGAUCCAAGCGUCCAGCAUUCAGAGAGGCUGGUCCUAUCAGACAGAACAGCUGAUGAUUUCCAGAUCUACCGGCCACCUCAAACAGACAUUGACGUCGUGAAUGCAAGAUUUCGGAAUGGAGAUCCAGUUUAUAAGCAUCCUAUGAUACCAGGAUACGAAGGAUUCCUACCAAGAUUGAACAAUCAUUUCGGUCAGCGAUACACGGUCGCUGCAACGGAGGCUUUAUCAGAAUUCCAAAGGGUGCAACUCAACCAGAGAGCAGCAAGAAAUCAGUUAGAAAGAGUUGUUGACUUACAAGCCGGAAAAGGACAGCCUUGGGACUUAGUUGACAGAUUCUCCGCGACAGCAGAGUUCAAGCUCCCAUUGGUCACAGUACGACCAGAAUGUGCCGGAAUAUUAAGGGACGUCCCAAUGGAUGAACCUAAAUUAUCACCAGCGUCACAUUCUAUCAGUCCGUACUUCAUGGAUAACGAUCAUCCUGACAAAUACGUCAAGAAAGGUUUUUCGGGUCAUGUUCCUUAUGGUUUCCAAAGAUUUGGAGAAUCUUCAAAGAAACUCACAAACUCUGCGCUUUGCGACUUCUCGUCUAACUAUAGGCGAAGGCAGAGUACUGAGUGGGCACCAGUGAAUGUAGUCAAGCCGGACCCGCCGCUAUCUAUCAAUCCGACGGAGAUCUAUCACAAACACGUUGGAAUGUUACCUAAUUACGCUGGUCACGUGCCUGGCUGCAUGUUCAGAUUUGGGAAGACGUACGGGAAUGACACAAGAGACGCGAAACGGUGGCUGCGCGGAGAUUUCACUUCAUAAAUAUAUCAAAGUAGUAAAUAUCAAGUACUUUGCAACAGUACAAGCAAUAGUGAGCUGUAUUCUGAAGGAGAUACAGUAGAAAUUUAAAGUGAAACUACGUUGUGGAUACGAAAUUAUACCGUUUUAUUUUGGUAUUAAUAUUUACUCGAAUAAAACACAACAAAUAUUAACAA